GGCCACCGCAACACCAUAUGCCUAUGUCAUCCCCUCGCAUCACCAAGAUGGAGCGCAUUGGAUGUGAUACACGUGUGCCAGUGACAUCCUUCGUCGCUGGCACAAGAUUAAUAUUCCACGAUUGUCAUCAAAUUGGUUCUCACCACCAUCGGACCUCCUGUCAUGUCGGGACUCCGAAUCGAGCUUCUGCCAGUGCUUGCUGCCAGUGAACAUCCAGUAACUAGUCGUUAUUGACUGGGGUGAUUAAAGUCAGCUGAGUAGUGCCACCGAACACUCUAACACCAACCAUGACCCCACCUCUCUACACUAUCAUUAGGACGCUAUUAAGCACAUUCACCCGAUUUGUCACUCCCGGAUUGACUCACAUGGGGAUAGAUACCCUUCACUCAAAGUUAGUCAACCUGAAUUUGCGCGAGAGCGUCGCCAUUGCGUGCUACAUUGACAAGGUUGCACCAGAACCCAACUUGCAUAUUUCCCUAGGUCAUGAGAAGGUCAUCAUCGAGGAACAGAUGUGGGAGUUUGCGAGUCUCGCUGGAGCACAUGAACUAAUGGCAGACGAGGGAUACGUGUUUGGAAGCAGAUUGAGCUGGGCGGACGUAUUUUUCUUCCUGCUGCUUGCAGAUCUGAAAGCAAUCCCGGAGGGCGAAUUGCUUUCUCCAAGAAUGCUGAACUGGGCCGGAUGGAGGAAAUGA